AGCUUGAAAAGAUACUGAGAAAGCUAAUUAAACCUGUCUGUCAUCCUUAUCAUUCUUUAAUAAUGAUUUUUCUCAGAUUAUUACUCUUCAUUGGCUUUGUAUUUGUUACUUCUGAAGCUCAACAAAGGCAAUCAAACAUAAGUCCUGAGUCUUCUCUAAAACCGGAUGGCAACUCCUCUUGGUUAUCAAAAUCAGGCCUCUUUGGCUUUGGAUUUUACAAGCAAGGUAAUGGCUUCUCAGUGGGGAUAUUUGUAGCUGGAAUUCCCCUAAAGACUGUAGUAUGGACAGCGAACCGGGAUUCUCCACCAGUCAGCAAAAAUGCCACUUUGGCAUUCACAAGUGAAGGCAGGCUUGUCUUGCGAUCAUCACAAGGAGUAGAAAACAUAGGAGAUCCUGUUCAAUCAGGUUCUUCAGCUUCCAUGAUGGACUCAGGCAAUUUUGUGGUCUUUAAUUCCAAUAAGGAGAUAAUAUGGCAGAGCUUCGAUCACCCCACUGAUACCCUUUUACCCAGUCAACGUCUCCUACCUAAUCAUGAGCUCAUUUCAAGUGCUUCAGAAUCCAACCAUGCAUCUGGAAUGUUUAAGCUCAUCAUGCAACUUGAUGGAAACCUUGUUCAGUACCCUUUAAAGAGUAUUCCACUAACUCCUGACGACUCUUACUACAAUACUGGUACAUUUAAUAGUGGUAAUAAUGUUACUCUAACUUUUGAUUCUGAUCAUGUAUUUCUCUACUUGAUGAACUCUACUGGUGUAAAUUUUAGGAAUGUAACAAACGAUGCAUAUUAUAAAAAAGACACAAUCUUUCUUAUGCGAGUUGAUUGGGAUGGGAUAUUUCGUUUGUAUUCAUAUAAUCUAAAGCAGAGUGAUGAUAAUUGGUCAACUGAGUGGAGUUCUACUAAUGACAAGUGUGCUGCCAAAGGUUUAUGUGCAUUAAAUGGAUUUUGCAUCCAGAAUGAUCAAAAAGCAAGUUGUGAAUGUCUUCCGGGGUUUGAAAGAGUCAACGAGGGAAACUGGUCUUCAGGCUGCGAGAAAAACUUUAUUGCAGACAGUUGUGGGAACAAUAACAGAAGUCUCAAUUACACCAUGCAAGAAAUUCCUAACACCACUUGGGAAGACAAUUCAAUUUCGAUUUUGUCACCAUUAGAUAGAGAAGGUUGCAUUAAAGCUUGUAUGAAUGAUUGCAACUGCGAAGCUGCAUUUUAUGAUGCUGGAAAUUGCAAAAAGCAGGCGCUUCCCUUACGACAAGGAAGAAGAUCGAGUGAGUCUUCAAAUAUAGCUUUCAUCAAGGUAUACACAUCCCAAAUCACUACAGAAGUGUUUGUUUCGAAAAAGAUUUUGAAAAAAGUUCGGUCUGAUAUUCUUAUUACCAGUGUCUUUCUUGCGUCUUUUGGUUUGAUUAUUUUGGUAAUUUCACUAAUCGCUUUAUACAAAAGUCGUUUCUGGGAAUAUAAAAAGAUUACUACUAGGAGUGACGAUAUUGAGUCGAUUGGUGAUGAAGUUUCCUUAAGAUCAUUUACUUAUGAAGAACUAGAGAGAUUUACAGAUUGUUUCAAGGAAGAAAUUGGUAAAGGGUCGUUUGGGACAGUGUAUAAAGGUAUCAUUUCAAGUAGCCAAAAGUUAGUAGCCGUGAAAAGACUAGACAAAGUGUUGGAGGAAGGUGAAAGAGAGUUUCAGAAUGAGAUGAAAGCCAUAGGGAGGACACACCACAAGAACCUUGUUCGUUUACUGGGAUAUUGCCAUGAAGGACGAAACAGGCUUUUGGUGUAUGAGUACAUGAGUAAUGGGUCACUUGCAGAUAUUCUCUUUAAACCAGAAAACAAUCCCAGAUGGGAAGAGCGAUUGCAAAUCACGUGCGAGAUUGCGAGAGGAGUUCUUUAUCUCCAUGAAGAGUGUGUGACACAAACCAUCCACUGUGACAUCAAACCUCAAAACAUACUCAUGGAUGAGAAUAGGAGUGCCAAGAUUUCUGACUUCGGAUUGGCAAAGUUGCUGAACCCAGACCAAACCAGAACCUUUACUGGGAUUAGAGGAACAAGAGGGUACGUGGCUCCCGAGUGGCACAGGAGACUUCCUAUUACAGCGAAAGCCGACGUCUACAGCUUUGGAAUUGUUCUGUUGGAGAUCAUAUGCUGCAGAAGGAACGUGAUGUGGGAUCUUCCUGAGAAAGAAGCUGUAUUGGAAGAAUGGGUCUAUACUUGUUUUGAGAAUGGUGAACUCGUAAAUUUGGUGGAAAGUGAAGAGAUAGACAAGAGAGAAUUAGAGAGAAUGGUGAAAGUUGCACUUUGGUGCAUCCAGGAGGAUCCGUCACUCCGUCCUUCAAUGAAGAAAGUUCUGCUUAUGUUGGAAGGAACUGUUGAUAUUCCCAUUCCUCCUAGUCCAGAAUUUUUUUAACUUUAGCUUUGUACUGGUAAACCAUUGAAAUUUUUACGUAUUUAGUUUUAUUUUAUGUUCUCUGUCGUUUUUGGCAUUAAUAAAACAAAAUAAAUCAAAUGUUUUGAGUAACCGAUA